GUCGCCCGUCGACGGCCUGCACCAACGCUCCGCUUCGAGGAGGACCCCGACGCGGCCGCCUGCGAGGACCCCGGCGCGGUCUGCGUCUACGCGGCGACCCCGCGAGCUUCCGCACGGCGUUCGCGAGGUGCCAGGCGGACGGGCUCGUGUCGUGGCCGGGCGCGUGGCGGAGCGCGGAGGCGGCGCUGGAGUUCCACGUCUCGGGCUGCGUGGACCCCGAGACGCGCCGGCAGGUGCUCCCGCUGCGGCACGUCGUGCGCUCGCCGCUGCACCCUGAGUGCCCGGUGGUGGCAGGGGGCCCCGCGCCUGCGGGGUAACGUCGGAGGGGGGCGGUGCACAGCGACGCCGCUGCCCUUCCCUCGUUUUCGCCCACCGUGGUCGGAAAAGCCCCUUUGUUCCCUAUUUGGCGUUCCUUCUGGUAGAGGAUCGCGCCGUGUCGCCGAUGCAUCGGCGAUGCGGCUCGAUGUGGCGCCCGAGUUUCUCCAGGCCGACUGCGCCGAGGCAGCGCCGUCCUCGGACCCCAUCUGCUCGGACCUCAUCGGGAGGCCUCCGCAAGACAGUUUGCUAAGUUGUCCUCCCCGUUUGAGUCAGGUUCGACGUGCGUCUGUGGCAGUGCUGACACGAAUCUGCAUGAGACCUGCGGCGUGCCCCUGCUCGGGCCUGUCUGGUCUGCACGUUUUCCGUCCCCGCUCGCAGUGAUGGCACCUCCCCUCAGAAAUCAUCUUACAGUGCACCGUUGCCCAGUUCACCGCCCGAUGCAUGUGUGCAGAAUGCUUGGCCGCUGAAGAGUCACCUUCGGCCCAACUCUUUUCUUCAGCAGUCAUUUUGCGAAUUUCGGCCGUCCGCCCAUGGGGCCUGAGCGUCCGCAGGGAGCCCGGCACCGUCAUCCGUGAGAUCCUUCGCGCCACUCUGCGCAGUCAUGAUCACCAUGGGCAUCACCAUCACGAGCACCGCUCUCGUCGCAUCCAUCGCUGCCGUGGCAACGUCUCGCUCCCUUCGCCGCCGCUGCUGCAGAGGUCAGCCCUGCCGCACGAUUGCCGUCGGGCUUCGUGCAACUGUGGGCGCAGGGCGCGCCCCGCUUGGCAACCCGAAGCGCUUCGCGUGUCCCCGCCAGCCCACUCAGCGAUCCGCGUCUCGCUCCCUCCCUGCGGCCUCGCAGGCGCAGGGGCGUUGCCUGGUGUCGUCUGGGCGCGUGCCUCCUGUCGUGCGCGACCUGACCCCCAGCUGAUGUCGGACGCCUGGGCUCGCAGACUUGGACGACGCCCUCCAUCCCUGCGUUCCUCCCCCUCCUCGUCCUCCUCCUCGUCCUCCUCCUCCUCCUCCUCCUCCUCUUCCCUCUUCCUCC